GUCAGCUACAUGUUUCCUCAGUGAGAAGCUAGCUAGCUAGCGUUGACGCUACAUUAUAAACACUGGAAGACGCUAAUAUCCGCUAGCUACAUAUGUUAGCCUAACGUUAAACGUUAAUAACAGUUACAGCACGUUACCUGGAGUGCUUCUGUCGUUUGCUCUGGACUGAAUGUGACUGGGCCUGAUUUUGCAGGAACCUAGCGAGGCCAGUCACUGACAUACGAAUAAAUACAUACAUGCUUGUGUCUUCACUGCUAACAUCUUGCCUAAAGGCGCCCUUUGGUCAUAACCCUAAACAGGCCUCCCACGUGGUACCCUUCAUAUGGGUGUGAGGUUUUCAACAAGGAGUGGGUGUAAACUUGCCCCCCCCGAUUUGUUGAUGACAGCUCCAUAAAAGAGCUAAACUGGACAGGACGAAGACAACCACGGACAAGGAAGGAAACAGGAAGUAAUAGUUUCUGGUCAUGGCCUACUCAAGCUACAGCAACCUGAGCAGAGCUCAGCUUACUUUUGAGUACCUGCACACAAACUCGACAACUCACGAGUUCUUAUUUGGAGCCUUGGCGGAGCUUGUGGACAAUUCAAGAGAUGCCAAUGCCACACGAAUAGACAUCUACACAGAAAAAAGGCCAGAGCUGCGGGGCGGCUACAUGCUCUGUUUUCUGGAUGAUGGUACUGGAAUGGAUCCGAAUGAGGCAACUCAUGUUAUUCAGUUUGGAAAGUCAAGCAAACGCUCCCCUGAGUCCACUCAGAUUGGCCAGUAUGGAAACGGAUUGAAAUCAGGCUCUAUGCGUAUUGGAAAAGACUUCAUCUUGUUCACAAAAAAGGGCACCACACUGACUUGCCUCUUCCUGUCAAGGACUUUCCACGAAGAAGAGGGACUAGAUGAGGUGAUAGUCCCCCUUCCCUCCUGGGAUCUGAAGACCAAGGAGCCGCUGACCUCUGACCCAGAGAAGUAUGCCAUCGAGACGGAGCUGAUCUUCAAGUACUCACCUUUUAAAAACGAACAGCAGCUGAUGGAGCAGUUCAGCAAAAUAGAAAGCAGCAGUGGUACUCUUGUGAUCAUCUAUAACUUAAAGCUGAUGGACAACAGAGAACCAGAGCUGGAUGUAGAGACAGAUCACCAGGACAUACUGAUGGCUGGGACACUUGCUGAAGGAGUGAAGCCAGAGAGGAGGUCGUUCAGGGCGUACGCUGCAGUUUUGUACAUUGACCCACGCAUGAGGAUUUUUAUCCAGGGACAUAAAGUCAGGACCAAGAGACUGUCUUGCUGUCUAUUUAAACCAAGGGUUUAUAAAUACUCAUCGACUCGUUUCAAAACACGAGCUGAACAAGAAGUGAAGAAAGCAGAUCACCUUGCUAAGAUUGCGGAAGAGAAAGCCAGAGAGGCAGAGAGUAAGCGUGUAGCUUUGGAGGCCAGAUUAGGAGAGGAUCUGUCAAAGGAUUCACGGGCAAUCCUGAGAAAGGUUCAAGAUUCAGCCAUGAUGCUUAAACGGGACGCUGACAUGAAGAAAAGGGUUCUCGAAGCCAAACAGAAAGCAUUGAAGGAGCCCAAGGAGCUGAACUUUAUAUUUGGAGUGAACAUCGAACAGAGGGACCUGGAUGGGAUGUUUGUCUACAACUGCUCUCGUCUCAUCAAGAUGUACGAGAAGACAGGGCCCCAGCUGGAGGGAGGCAUGGCCUGCGGCGGUGUGGUUGGAGUAGUGGAUGUCCCAUAUUUAGUUCUAGAGCCGACUCACAACAAACAGGACUUUGCAGACGCUAAAGAGUAUCGACAUUUACUGAAAUCCAUGGGGGAGCAUUUAGUUCAGUACUGGAAGGACACUAACAUUGCUCAAAAAGGCAUAGUGAAGUUCUGGGAUGAGUUUGGAUAUCUGUCUGCCAGCUGGUCUGCGCCGCCAUCAAAAGAGCUGAGAUACAAGAGACGUCGUGCCAUGGAGAUACCACUAACUAUUCAGUGUGAUAAAUGUUUAAAGUGGAGAACGCUGCCGUUCCAGAUGGAUGCUGUGGACAAACGCUACCCGGACAGUUGGGUGUGUCUCAUGAACCCAGACAGCAAGCAGGACAGGUGUGAUGCUCCUGAGCAGAAACAGAAUUUGCCAUGUGGUGUUCUGAAGAAAGACAAGCAGACAUCUGAAGACAAACAGAAAGAACUGGUAGACAAAAUCAAACAGCAGCAGGAGAAACUAGAAGCCUUGCAGAAAACAAGCACCAUCAAAUCUGCAGCAGAUGUGAAGAAGCUACCAUUAGACGUCAGCAUGAAGCCAACAGAGAGCUCCUCUCAGGCUACCAGGUCUUCUGAAAGAUCCAAUACACGCCCCCGCUCCCCACCUCUCCCAGCUCACCUCAAAAAUGCCCCGAGUGCCCCUCCGCCUCGUGCGUCUUCUCAGCGCCCCACCCGAACACCUGCCCCUCCGCCACCCAAAGUGGAACCAUCCAGGUCCAGAGCUGCAGCAAAGCCUUCUCCAACUGCAGCAAAGCCUGUACCCAAAGCUACUGCCAAAACACCCCCACCCAGCCGCAGCUCAAGGACCCCUGCCAAAGCAUCAUCAGCCAAACCAGCAGCUACGGGACUACGCAAGAGAAUCAUAGAGCAGGAGGACAGUGAGGAGGAGGAAGAGGAGGAAGAAGAGGAGGAGCAGGAGGAAGACGACAGUGAGGAAGAGAGUGAGGAGGAAAAGCCGCAGACAAAGAAAUCCAAGAUGGCCGCAGCAGUUAGUAACCGCGGGAAGGUGGUUGAGAAGGCCACACCUCCAAAACGUGGCAGGUUGGACGAGGUUAAAACAAACUCACAGCCUGAGAAGAAAGGGGUUUCUGCUCCUACACGGCAGGCACCCACCACACCAGCCUCAGUCCCCAAAUCCACUCCCAUGCAACCGCAUGGAGCUAAAGCAAAGCAGACCCCACAGCAGGAACCAGACAACGACCCUAAGAAUGCUCAGAAAGAUAAGGGUCUGCUGGUUGAAGUGCGUGUCAACAAGGAGUGGUACACGGGCAAAGUCAUUGCAGUGGAGGCGAAUAAACAGAGUAUUCGCUGGAAAGUAAAGUUUGACUAUGUUCCAAGAUCCACCCCUAAAGACCGAUGGGUUUUUAAAGGUAGCGAUGAAGUCCGGUUGAUGCGGCCGCCAUCUCCAAUCUCUCAGACACCUGACACACAACAGGAGACCGAGAGGGGGCCGGCACCCAUGGAGCCAGACACUACUCAACCAGGAACCAGUCGGGAGGUGACUGACAGUCUGGUCACCAUGUUGAGGACCAUGCUGCGUUAUUUCUUCCCUCCUGCAUUUCGGAUUCCAAAGGAUGAUGUUAACAGCAUGACAGCUGAGGAGUUGGUGGCGUUUCCUUUGAAAGAGUAUUUCCAGCAGUAUGAAUCGGGCCUCCAGUCGUUGUGUAACUCGUACCAGAGCAGAGCCGAUGCCAGAGCCAAAGCUGUGGAAGAGAAGAGCAACAGCGCUGAGGUCAAACUGAAGGAGGCAGACGAAAAACUACAGAAACUACGAACGAACAUUGUAGCACUCCUGCAAAAAGUACAAGAGGACAUUGACAUAAACACAGAUGACGAGCUUGACGCCUACAUAGAGGACCUGCUUACCAAGGGUGAUUAAAGAGGAAGAAGAGAAGAGAAAUAUAGAAGAGGGAAGAGGAGAUGCACAUUAACAGACUGGCAGUUUCCAUUCAAGCCAUUACUUUCUGACGACUCCCCAAAGGACUCAUGCGAACGUGCAGAGCUGGUUGUGAAUAUUUGGGGAAACUUUCAUUGUUGGUCCCACCGCUCGUUGACUCAGAUUGUCCUAAGUUGGAUCUUUUUGAUUUUGAUUGUUGUUUUCAGCAUUUAGUCAGCACCUGUGUGUUCUUCAGUUUGUCCAGGUUCUCUGGUGUUUCUACAUCGUUGGGUAGUGUUCUGGCAAGUGGUUCUCUUUAGUCCCUUUUUAUAUACCUGCUCAUAUAUGUUAAUCUAUGUUUAAGCCAUCAUAUCCUGAUUGACCUUCAAAUAGUUUGUGUAGAUUUAAUGCCGUUUAUUCUACCUUAUAUAUUCGACUAAUGCUGUGACAGACUUCAGACUACAUUUUCCUAUUUUUGUCCAUCGUCAGAAGAGGAUCAGACUCGAGACCCGGGCGCGACUGGACGGUGCUUGGCACUGCAGCCUGUACUGCAAAUUUUUAUUUUUCUACACUAAAACACAUCAGUGUUUCCCAUUACCUUCCUCCACCCUGCUCUAAGAGCACACACCAGGUUAAUAUUUUACGGUUGGGUGGUGCGUCACACCCACAAAAGAGAACUACUUACUGGGUUUUAUCAGUAUGAUUAUUUCCCUAUAUCCCUCCUGAAUUUAAGCUAUGACUGUUCUGUGUUUAUUUUUGAAGAAAAAAAAAAUCACUUACAUGCAAAAGUUGUGUUCAGUAAUUAUUCAGUGCCUGUGUCCUUCCUUUUGAACAGAUUUUAACUUGUCAUUGAAAUGUUUUAUUAAACGGUGCAUGCUCUGUCUUUUUGUUCUGAUUGGAACAAAGGACUCUGUAUUUUUGACAAAUCUUUACUUAGAACAAUAAAACAGGUUCAGCAACA